GCUUAUAUUCUGAUUCUGCGGAUGAGAAUACCUGUCUUCAAGCCCCGGUUAGUUGAGAGUUUUGUUGAAGAUCAGUUGAACCACAGACAGGAGGAUGGGGGGCUUGAAUUCAACUUAUAAGGGUCCUCUGCCUGACACUGAGGGGCCCAUUCUCUUUGAUCCCAUGUUAGGCUUCCCUGAAGGACGAAAAGUGAGAAAAAUGCAUGUGACCGAAGAUGAGAUGGCAAGUGCUAUGAUUGAGCAGGAGUAUCGGAACUACUGCACUCACAAGCUCAUUGACCUGCACAGCUGCUUCCAGAAAAAUUUUCCAAUGAACUGGCGAUGUCACCACGAAAAACACGAGUAUCUCAACUGUAGCUAUGAAGACCAAAUCCUUCGCUUCAAGGAGUACGAAAGAGAGAGACGGCUGCUUGACCGGCAAGCCAAGAAGGAGGCUCGAGCCAAGAGACUGGCAGCUGAGGAGCUUCAUGAGUGAAAUAAUCAAGGGAUUACAUUUUUUGUGUUUAUUGUUUAGUCAAAUCAAUCACACAACUUCGGGUUAGGCAUUGUCAUUUUGGUCCAAUAUUGCGAUUAUUUUGCUUUUCAAUUUACAAGUGUUUCAUUCAAUGUUAUUCCUGAAGUGUUCGUUUUGAAUCGAAUUGCUAAUAAUGGUGAAAAUUUUCUCACGAUCUUGACACUUACCGAGCCUUAGUUUGGGUUUGUGUUAUGAAUUAACUUGAGAUGUUGCUAAACUCACAGCCCUGUUGAUAGUGUUUUCGAUCUUAGUAAAAGUAAUGUGCUAAUCCAACUUAUUUAUUUAUUCUUAUUUUCAUGCGCAAAACAAUAGUAGUAAUGGCUGAAAUUUCGAUGACCUCUGUACAUAACUACAGUAUAUAGUUGAAAAUUU